UUCAGACUGCGCGCACGCCCAUCGAGCAGUAUAAUAACGCGCUCUGACAGAUAAACAAUGAGGAAGGAGCCGCUGCGGUUGAGAAAAUCAUGCACAUGUUUGAGGAUUUAAAUCAACAUUCGCACCGUUUCUCGACAAAUUCGCGGAUGAUGCGCGCUUUGUGAAGCCGCGAUCUGCAGCCAUGCAACAUGGUCUUUAUUUCAGAGUCGGCGCCAGACGAGGAGGGUCACUUUUGAAUUGAUGUGUACACAUUUACACAAAAAAAAAAAACCAUCUGACUUUUUUUCCCUGCAAGACUGGGGCUUUUGUGGCUUUGAGAGCACGUUUCGUAAUGAUAUAAAACUGAAAGGAAGGAAGGAUUUUUUUCAAACCUCCGUUUACAGCAGCCGCCUGCUUCUCGUUUUCCUGGUUGGUGGAGUGUCAGAAUAGUUUUUUCUUUCUUCUUGCCUGAAUGGUUUGACUUAUGAUUUUGCGUGUUAUUGCUGGGAACCCGCUUGACUUUGUCCACCAGGAGCAACGCCGAACAAGGAGGGGGUGGAUCUCUUUCUUUCCCUUUUCUUUUCUUUCGUUCUUUCUUUUUAUAAAGCAAUCGGGAUCCUCGGAUCGCUUGGUUCAGGAGCAACAGAGGGAUUAAACAUUUCUGCUCGCAGCGCCCUGUUUGUGCGAGCUAGACUGUCUUACAUUGUGAGAGGAACGGUUGUGGCAAGAGAAAGAAGGGCUAUAAAUAGCGCAUGCAAUUCUCGAAAACUAUCACAAGUGGUGCAUCAGCUUGUGGAGCACACGGAAUCAGAUAUCCUGCACUGCAAUCGCCUUUUUUCAUUGAGUUGAUCUUUUGUUUCUUGCAGUGUUUCUAUUUAAAGUUUUGACGCGUAGAAUUUCUACAUAUUUGGGUUGAAAGGAGGAGAAAAGGAGUGGUUUUCUCAUGGAUCGGGAUGAUUUAAUGAUGAAACUACUUGCGGAAAGACUUGAUUUGGAGACAAGCUGAUUCUCCUCUGUGCGUGGAUUGAAAUGGAUCUAUUGUAUGCCAGGGAUCGCAUUUGGAAUCGCCUGACCUGGAUUGUAACAAUGUUGUGAUCUCCCUCCUUUAUCUCCCUCUCGCUCGCUCGCUCUUACAGCACACGCUUGGAUUUAUACGCACGGGCUUUAUGGAUGCAUUGUGCACUUCGUUUUGAAUACGCCCAUUCUCUCAUACCGACCAUCCCGACUCUAUUAUCCGCCGCUGCGAGACUCAUACAGGGGAACCGAUUUGCCAGCCCUGAUCGGUGUUUGGAUACCGAUGUAAGGAUUUCGACAUGCCCUGCGCUGGCGACCCCAAAGGCGGACGAUUAUGACUGCAACGGCGAAUUGGGUGGCUAACGGGGCAAGCCUUGAGGACUGCCACUCCAACAUCUUCUCUCUGGCGGAGUUGACGGGCAUCAAAUGGCGCUGCUACAGCUUCUGCAGCGGUGGGGAGUACGGGCCUGUGAUCUCGGCCCCGGCUCAGGAUGACCCGGUCCUGCGCAGCUUCAUGCACUGUGUGCAGGCUAACCUGCUUUGUGUGUGGCGACGCAAGAUCAAGCCCGAUGCCAGGGAGUUGUGGAUCUUCUGGUGGGGCGAGGAGCCCAACCUCUCUAAUGUCAUUCAUCAUGAGCUGAAAGUGGCUGAGGAGGGGCUUUGGGAGUGUGGACUGUCCUACGAGUGCAGGACCCUCCUUUUCAAAGCCAUACACAACCUGCUGGAAAGAUGUCUGACGGAUAAGGGGUUUGUGAGGGUUGGAAAAUGGUUCUUUAAGCCACAUAAACUGGAAGAGAAAUCUUUGGGCAGCAGUGAACAUCUGUCCUGCUCCUUCUCCUUCUUCCUCCACGGUGAAAGCAACGUGUGCACGAGCGUUGAGAUCGUCGAGCACCAGCCUGCCUACCACAUCACUGAACGCCACAUCCAACUCGCACAGAUCUCUUCCACUCCGGUGCAAGUGAUCCUGAGCCCAUAUGGCCUGAAUGGGACCCUAACGGGGCAGGCCUUCAAGAUGAGUGACCCUGCGGCCCGGAAGCUGAUGGAGGAGUGGAGCUACUUCUAUCCCAUGGUGCUUCCACAGAAGGAGGGAAGCGGAGAGAAGGAACAAAAGGAAGUAGGGCAGGCCUAUGACCGCAGUUCUCAUGUGGCGGUGGAUGUCAUCGUAGGUGGAGUGAGGAUGACCUACCCAGCUGCUUUUGUGCUGAUUGCCCAGGGGGACCUACCGGUGGAACAGCCUCCACCUGUUCCUGCAGCUCAGGGCCUCAACAAGGAGCUGAACAACUGCAGUGUGCCACUGACGCCGCCGACGUCACCAGAUCAGCCCUGCUCUGCGGACAGUGGCUUUGUGACUUCAUCCUCUAAUGUCCCUACACCAGACAGCAGCAUGGGGAUCACCACCUUCAGCCCAAAGCAUUCUGGGAAGAAGCUGACCUGCCAGGUGGUCCACCAGGCCUGGAGGGAGUGCUAUCUCAACCAAUCUCAGCAUGUACCGAAUCAGCUUACUGAUGUGAUCCAGAGAAAGGAAGUGCCUAACGAAGUUGUUACGUGGAACUUUAAUGAUCUUGGCGCAAGAGCACCCUGCAGCUGCUCCAGGUUAAAGCAGCAGAAAGUCAACAUGUCCACCACACCCACUGCUACCAUUCAACCCUGUCCCAGCUCCUCACUGUCUUCCGGCCCAUCAUUAUACCCUACCUCCCUGCCAAAACACAAGACAAGUGACAAGACAGAAAAGGCUGACAAACAGUCCAAGAGGCCAUCUGUAAUUCCCUUUCACCAUCGUCUAUCUGUUACAGAGGAGUCCCCUUUGGAACAGGACUCGUCUGGAGGGCCCCAGCUUGGUACCCUUGUUGUGCUUGAACCACCGAUGGAGCCCCUGAGCUCUCUGCCAAGUUGCAAGUGUUCCAAGUCCCUCUCCAAUGAAAGAAAAGCCCCUGAGUCCCUUCUUCAUUCAUCCAUGUCUCCACUUCCACCCACUCUCAGCCCACACCCCCGGAUGCAGGACCCGGAGGUUCUAGACGCCUCUGUGGACAUGCUUUCGUGUCCAGAUGGGAACUCGGGGCUGGGGGUGAUUACCAGUGAGACAGCAGUCUACACUGCUCAGCUGAGGCAGAGGGAGAGUGGGUCAAGCUGGUGGAGAGGCUUCAGGACUCCCAGGACUGAUAAAAGUGACUUCAGGCCCACUGAACUCCCCACUGAGAAAUUAGAGCUAAUGGAGACAGAAACUGCCACUGUGAGAGAUCCAUUAAAAAGACUGUACGCUCAGAGCCACAAGAGAUUUAAAAUCUCAGAAGAGAAGGUGGCAGAGCACGUCCACGCUCUGGGCCUGUUCGAGCAGCCAGGUGUAGAGGUGCUGCGAGGAACUGGGGAAGAUCCUUAUGACUUUAAGGAAGGAGAAAUUGAGUACCCUUUUCCCUCUUCCAAGAGGUUGAAAGGUUCAGGGCGGGAAGCCAAGCAGAAGUCCAAGGGAGAAGAAAUCACCAGCAAUGGUUCAUUACAUGAUGGAAAUGAUGCUAUGUCUAUUUUUAACUCUGCUCCAAAAUCAGAUGAUUCGGGUCAAGAUGAUACCCCCAGUAAAACUAAUCCCUCCCUGACCGAAGAGAAAGAUCUGGUGGUCAACAUCUCAGAUCUGGAAAACAUACUUGAUGAAGAAGACGUAGGGACUGUUUAUCCAAACCAACUCUCAACCAAGUUACUAGUGUCAACAGAAGAUCGUCCUGGUGGGAAAGAAGGGAGAGUUAGUGUAUCUUAUCCAUCAACAGUAGCAGAUCUCCAGCGAAUGUUCCCUACUCCUCCUUCUUUGGAGCAGCACCCAGCGUUCUCCCCCAUCACACCGUAUCGAGACACUCCGAGUCAGGAGCCCCCUGCACCCAGCGGAGUGAUGGACCACUUGUCGUCUUUGGCCUCCACCCAGCUCACUGAGUACAUGAUGGAGAUGGAGGAGGGUGCAGCUAGUCCCAGGCAGGACGACAUUAAGCCACAGAUUGUAUCCUCCAUGUUUGCACCAUUGACCUGCCUUCCCAGCCAAACUUUACCUCCACUGAAGAUCCCUGAGCAAUGUUACUAUCGUCCAUCCUGGGUUCUUUUGCCCAAAAUGGAGCAUUUUACACCCAUCAUGCAUCCACAGAAUACUGCAUUCACCAAGGAUGGAUACAUGAAUACUCCCAGUGUUAACAUCCUCACAGACCAAGACUAUGUCCAGAUGAGCGUCAACACUGCCUCUUUAAGCACCACAACUGGCAUCCUUCCUUCUCCGGCCACGCCACGCUUCUCUGUGCCCACUCCAAGGACCCCACGUACACCGAAGGGACUUAAUGCUGCAAGCUCAGGGCAGGGUUCAGUGAAGCAGGAUGGUACUGAGCUCAGCUCACCAGCCUCUACACCCUCCACCAGCCUGCCUCUAAGUUCUGUAGAGCAUUUAGCUAGACCAGGGCCCCCUCUUCCCGAGGCCCACAGCCUCUAUGUAGUUCUUCUGCUUUCAGACUCUGUCCUCAGCGUCUUUAAGGAUCGUAACUUUGACAGCUGCUGCAUCUGUGCAUGCAACAUGAAUGUCAAGGGGGCAGAUGUCGGGGUGUACAUCCCAGACUCCACUUGUGAAGAUCAGUACCGCUGCAUGUGUGGCUUCAGUGCCAUUGUGAACAGACGCCUGGCUCAUGGCACGGGUCUCUUCCUGGAAGACGAGCUUGACAUAUUUGGUCGGACUUCUGAAGGAGGCAGAGCAGCUGAGAGGAGGCUUGCUCUUUGUCGCCGGGACUCGACAAUGGGAGACUGCAGGGCUCAGCAGUCUCAGGACGCUGGUUCUGGCUCUCCAUCGGUCAUGAUUGUUAUUCAGGAACAGUGCUCCCAGCCAAUUUCUUCUCUGGCUUCGCUGCAUCUUCCAAUAAAUUCUUUCUGUCAUGGCCGCAAGGGGCCGCUGCUCCAAAGUUGGAUGUCUGAAAAGCAGUGGGCAGAUGCGAGCGAUGCUUGUGUGGACUGUUUCAAUGCUUUGGAGCAGGGGCUCCAGUAUGUGGAUAACCCAACAGGAGGGAAAGUUGAUCUCGCUGUUGUCAGAAGUACUGCUAUUCAUUCCUGGCCUCACACGAAUGUGGUGGACAUGAGCAGGUUGUCGUCGCAGGAUAUGGUUCGCAUGCUGCUAUCGUUGCAGCCUUUCCUGCAGGACGCCAUCCAGAAGAAGAGGACAGGACGGACUUGGGAAAACAUCCAGCAUGUUCAGGGUCCACUCACCUGGCAGCAGUUUCACAAGAUGGCUGGAAGAGGCUCCUAUGGUUCGGAGGAAUCACCAGAGCCCCUGCCGAUUCCAACAGUGGUAUUAGGUUACGACCGAGAGCGGGACUUCUUGGCGUUGUCCCCCCUGGCUUUGCCUUUCUGGGAAAAGUUGCUGCUGGAGCCGUACGGUGGGCAGAGAGACGUUGCGUAUGUGGUGGUAUGUCCGAAUAGCACCUCCCUGCUCGCUGCAUCGCAGGCAUUCUUUCAGGAGCUCAGUGCUGUUUACGAGACAUGCCGUCUCGGAAAGCACCGUCCUUUGUCCAAGGUGUCCAAGGAUGGCCUUGUGCAAGUUGGGGAGGAAGUGGAGCUAGAAAAGCUGGAGGAGCUGAAUGUGGAUCAGUGGUUGAAUGGACAAUGGGCUGGACAGCAGCACAGUGACAACUUAAACAAACUUAAAUUAUAUGCUUACGCUUUGAAGGAGCAGUUAGGCCCUCAGAUUGCAGCCCUGACUUUGGAUAGCAAUCUUUUGUUGCCUCCCAAACCGCAGCCUCCUGUAAACAACACAUCCUCUUCUGGGCAGCGUCAAACUUGGAGUGCUGAUGGAGAACAAGCUUCAGGUGCUGUUAGUGCAUCAAAUGCAUCAACCCCGAGUGGAGCCAUCUCAAGUCAGCCUGGGGAGAUAACCCAAGGCGGUUGUAAUGAUUUAAAGGGCCAUGCCAGUUCCACACCAGCAGCCAACACAGCAGUGGAUACUCCUGAACUCUCCUCAGAGCAGACAAGAAUCGGCAUCCCCACUGUGGCUGACUCAGCGGACAGCAUUGCAAACCCACCAGCAGUUGUUAUUUAUGUUGUCGAUGCUUUUCUCAGCUCAAGUGGAAUGAGACAUGAAGGGGGAGAGGAGGAGGAGGAGGGGGAAGAAGUAGAGUCAGGAAGCAUUUGGCUUCUCGGGCUUCUUCGCUGCUACACAGAAAUGCUGCAAAACUUGCCUGAGACAAUGAGACCAGCACUGGUUCUACAGGUGGUGCCAUGCCAGUAUCUUCUCCAGCCAGCGAGUGGAGAGAGCCGUUUGUACCUGCAACACCUGCGCUCCCUGGCCUUCUCUUGCUAUUCACAAUGCAGACGGCUGCUACCCCAGCAAACGUAUAUCAAGUCCCUUACUGGUUUUGGACCAGUGUCCACUGUCAGUUCAGUACUGAAGAGUCCAGAGUAUCCUAGACCACUCCAGCUGUAUUCACCAGCAUUCAUACUUGGGCCGACUCGUCCAAAGCACCCAGAGCCAGGAGAGAUAUGGGCAGAGGUCCCUCCCAAAUACAACGUGCUCUAUGUAGGAUACUGCCUGUCCCAUGACCAGCGCUGGAUCCUGGUGUCCUGCACCGACCAGCAGGGGGAGCUCCUGGAGACCUGUAUUAUUAACAUUGACGUUCCCAAUAGAACAAGGCGUCCCAAAGUAUCAGCUAGGAAGAUAGGUUUGCAGAAAGUGUGGGAGUGGUGUAUUGGCAUCAUUCAGAUGACCCCACUGCCUUGGAGGAUCGUUAUAGGUCGAUUAGGCAGAUUGGGUCACGGGGAACUAAAAGACUGGAGUUCACUCCUCGGGGAGCAUUCCCUCCAAUCAAUUGGACGGCAGCUGAGGGAGGCUUGCCGUGUGUGUGGGGUCUCAGCUGCUGAAUCUCCCUCCAUCCUCAGCGCCUGCUUGGUUGCCAUGGAGCCCCAGGGCUCAUUUGUGAUCAUGCCAGAUGCAGUGACCAUGGGCUCUGUGUUUGGACGCAGCAAUGCUUUAAACCUUCAAACAUCGCAGCUAAACACACCUCAGGAUGCCUCCUGCACACACAUCUUAGUCUUCCCAACUUCUGCCACCACCCAGCUGGCUCCCAGUUCCUACCCUACAGAAGACAAUAAUGACGACAUGUUUGAUCUUCCCUUCCCUGAUGAACUGGAAAAUGAUAUUGGCCAUGACAUGAUGCUGAUCACAUCACUUCACUCACCCCCCAAUACCUCUCCCGUGCCAUCGCCUGGGUCACCAUCAGCGAUGGGAAUAGGAUCACAUUUUCACCAUACCAGGAGCCAGGGAGAGCGCCUGCUGUCCAGGGACAACCCUCCAGAGGAGCUGAAACAGCAGCCGCUGGCUCUGGGCUACUAUGUCUCAACUGCUCAGGCAAAUGGACUGCCUCACUGGUUCUGGGCAUCCUGCCCACAAGCUGAGAGCCAGUGCCCACUCUUCCUUAAGGCAUCUCUCCACCACCAUAUCUCUAUAGCUCAGUUAGAUGAGAUCACAUCUGAGAAGACCAAGCGGACCCCUCACCCCUUAGACUCAAAGACCACCUCUGAUGUCUUGAGGUUUGUGUUGGAACAGUACAACGCCCUCUCUUGGCUGACCUGCACACCUGCCACACAAGACCGUCAGUCCUGCCUGCCUGUCCACUUGGCUGUCCUGGUCCAGAUGUACAACGCCAUUCUGAACAUACUGUAGCUUUGUGGACCGAUUGGAGUCUACAAUGUUUUUGUGCCUCUUUCUGACCACCAGAGAGCACCACUGCUCCUUUGUUGCUCUUGAGUAGCCAUGGAUUUCAUGGGCAGGGCUGAAAUAUGGGGGGCAAGAUCAGUUGUGACUCUAUGAAACUGUGCAACGAAGAGAAAAACAGGUGGCUCUCCAGCUAUGCUCCCCCAAAUAGCAGCAUGUCCAACAUGGGCAGCGCAGAAGCAUCUGACGAAUGGAGUUCUGCCUGAUUUUGUCACACCAGUAAAUAAAGGCAUCGAAGCAGGGCUACAUAACUCCAUUCUGUGCAACCAGCAUAUUGCAUGACUACACAAACACAUUGAUUUGUUACAUCAGUGAUGUUUCCAAAGUUCUCCUACAGUUCUGCACUGCUGAGCUCUUCGGACUUGCGGCUGGUUGCUGAACACUUUUUCCUAAGGGAGGAACGUUUGAUAACACCACUUUUCUCCUAACUUUCCAAAGUGUUCCAGAUAUGAACAUCAUAGGACGUAUUUGACAAGAUGUGAUAUUUAUAUUGUAAGGCAUACAUUUACAAAGAAUUGAGACUUAUUUUUAAUAUUAAAAACAAUGAAAGUAGAAACAAAACCUUUUUUUCCCAGGUGACUGUUAAUUGUCUUGGGAUCCAAAAUAAAAUGUGUCAAUUUAAUGCAAUUGUAAAAAUGCCAUAUUUAUACAGAUUAUAUCAUGUCUUAGUAUUUGAUAUAUAUGAAUCUAAAUAAAUAUAUAUAUAAAUGUAAAUACAAAAAUUUAUUUACCUCUUGCAAACAGGCACUUAAUGAUGGGAUGAGCAAAGCCGACUCUAGAAGUGCGCACAUUUAUGAUGCAUUUUUUGUUCUCUUUUAUUUUCUAAGCUUACAUUUUUAUUUAAUAAGUUUAACUUAAAUUGAUGCAGGAAAUACAGUAUAUUGUAUAUUUAUGAAGUAUUCAUAUUCUGCCAAAAAAAAUCAAAACUUGAAAUACACAAUAAAAUAUCCCGGUGUUUCAAAAUGAUCAGAUAUUUAAGAAUGACCCAUUUAUUUCAUUGGCUUUCCUAAAUGAUGUCAGACAAACCAUCACAAAGGCUCAGUUUCUUCAGCCUCCCUCAGUCUGCUCUUUGUUAGAGUCCAAGCAUGUUUGUAUAUACACCUUUCAGAUGUUUAGCUUUUGUUUUGCUAUUUUGAAAGAUCUGUACAUUUCAUGAUGGUUGGUUUAUUUUAAAGUAAUUCAUAUCAUUUUUAUAAUUAUUUUUUUUCGCUGUGACCUUUUUAAGAUACAGUAUACAGUUAAAAAGUCAUUGAAUUCCAACCAGUUGCCAAGUAAGCGUACACAAAUGUACAGACAAGUGCAAAAAUUUGUUACAUCUGUCAUCACUUUGAAUAUUACACAGAUCACCUUUAGUGGAAGUGAUCUGUUACUUUUACACUCUUUUUUUAGUAAAUUAUUAAAACUCUUGAGAAUGA